CAGCCAAUUUCUGCCUCUCUCCAGAACAUACCCACCCAGUACGGGCUGGUCCUUCUCCCUGAAGUCCUCUGAGCCGCUGGAGAGAAGACAGGGUGGCUGGGCCGACUUCAUCAUGUUGUUGGGGAUCUGGGCCGACUGCCCAGCAUCCCUGGGGUAUCCAGGUGGUGACUGUAGUCUCAUUCACUUUGACUUGAUGGACAUCCGCCAGUGUUUGCAAAGUAAGGUUGGCAUCCUCCUGUCCCAAUGCCAGACCGCUUUCUGGGGUUGUGUCAGUGGAGACCGAAGUCCCAUCCAUGGACAUCAGCUCAAGCUACAGUUGUGAGGUGUCGAUUGCAUCCUCUUUCUCUAGCUCCUGUGGUGCUGAUUGUUGUGGGCAGAGGUCAACAAUGCCAUGCCCUGAUGCCAGCUUUUCUGCUGGAGGUGCACCGGCUGGUUCCUCUUCAGCAGAAAAGUCAAUCAAAUCCCCAAUCUCUGGAACUGGUGUCUGGGGAUAGGGGUUCACCAUCUCCUAUCCAUGGAACUCAGAAGAUGUUACCAGUGCUGGGCAGAGUUCAGCAAUAUUUGGCCCUGUUGCCAGCUCUUCUGCUGGAAGCACACCAGCUGUCUGGAAUUUCCACUGCCAAUUCUUGGGCAUGAUGCUGAACAUGUUUUAGCAGUUGCCUGUAUGCCCUUUCCAGAUGCUGUUUGUCA